CUGCUGUCAAAAAUUCUUUGUCUAUUAUUUAGUAAUUGUUAAACGGACUGUAUUUGCAUGAAUUUCAAGUUUCAAUGGAUAUGUUCAAUACAAGCAGAAGAGUCGAUUCAUCGCCGGAUAUGAAUUCGAGUGUAGAGCUACCUUCGCCAGAUCGAACAGUUGUAAUGCCCCGUAAGUUAACGUUCGGAGCUUCACCGGAGGGUGGAAAUUAUCGCAACAUAUCAGCCGUCAGUCCACGAAAACAAGCAUCAAUGUCACCACCGUAUCGAAAAGUUCGUGCACUACGACUGUUCGAUUCGCCGGCUACCCCGAAAACCAUUAUUCAAAAGUCGAGAAGUAAUUUCUUGAAGGCAGCCGCCGAUGCCUCAACCAAAGAUGCGAACUCAUUGGGCAAGACUAAUGACGAAAAUAGACAAACUAUCUACGAAAAACCUCGGCCGGUACCAUUGCACCGUAACUACGAGAAUGUCAUCCCGUCGGCAAACGUCAAUCCAUUCACGCCGCCGGGGAUGUUCAUGAGAACGAAAAAACGAACCCGUUCCGGUCAGGAUGGAAACGAAAAUCAGUUGAAUGUAAGUCUUCCGUUUGCUUUCUCGUGCAACAAAAUUAUCAAGGAACCGAACCGGAAGAGUUGGGGUUUUUCACAGACACAGCAAAAUAUUGAUCUGGCUCUUAAAACUUGCGCUUUGCUUGAAAAUGAUUUCGGCGAAGUACGACAAGCUCCCAAACGUUUGGCACUCCAGGACUCAAACAUAUCCCGAUACGAGAAGGAAUUUCUCGAGCUGUCCCUGCUUGGCACUGGGGAAUUCGGAGAAGUGUACCAGUGCAUAAAUCGGUUGGACGGAUGUGUGUAUGCAAUCAAGAAAAGCAUUAAACCGGUUGCGGGAAGUUCAUUCGAAAAGACAGCCUUGAAUGAGGUAUAUGCGCAUGCUGUCCUAGGGAAGCAUGACAACGUGGUACGGUACUAUUCGGCGUGGGCGGAAAACAAUCAUAUGCUCAUUCAAAACGAAUACUGCAAUGGAGGAAGUUUGCAGAGUCUGCUGCAGGAACGAUUCUUGAAAGAAUCAGAGCUAAGAAUGCUGUUGCUUCACAUAGCGGAAGGACUCAAAUACAUACACUCGAACGAUCUCGUUCAUAUGGAUCUGAAGGCUGGAAAUAUAUUCCUCACCAAAGUGCCAAUCCGAUCGGCAUGUUCGGGAACAUCUCAUCAUCCGGACAAUGCUGACGAUGGCUUCGAAGAUAUCUACGAUGAUUUGGACAGUGAGUUUCUGAUCACAUUUAAAAUCGGUGAUCUUGGUCACGUCACAUCGGUGAAUGACCCACAGGUGGAGGAAGGUGACUGUCGCUAUCUGCCGAACGAAAUCCUGCAGGAAGAUUUCUCCAACCUACCGAAAGCGGACAUUUUUUCGCUAGGGAUUACACUCUACGAAGCGGGUGGUGGAGGUCCCCUGCCGAAGAAUGGUCUUCAGUGGCACGUGUUGCGGAAUGGAAAAUUUCCCGAUCUAUCGGGCCUGAGUCGAGAGUUCAACGAAUUAAUCAAACUAAUGAUGCAUCCGAAUCCGACCGAGCGACCGACUUCGUCCACAAUUUUCAAUCAUUCGGUCCUCUCGCCCGUUGACUCCAAAAGUAAGGCACAGCUCUGCCUUGAGCUGAGCAUAGAGCGACAGAAAAACGAGGUACUACUGCGGAAACUAAAGGAGCAAAGUAAAAUACUCAAAUCGUACGAACAAGCACAGACUCCAAAUACUCGCAAAUGUCGUACCAAUGGCUUACGAGAACUGGCCGUGUCGGACCGUAAGCUGCGGUCCUAUUCUCGGAAGAAACGUUCAACGAAUUUGAUUACCACGCGUCGGGGGAUCAGGGAUAAUACGAAGAGCAAAGAUUACUAAAGGAAACGGGGAAACGUUUCGGCCCACAGAUUUAGCCCCACGAAUGAUGAAUUCGUUUUGUUCAGUAUCAUCGGAUGUUUACUUUUUUGCUAUUGAAAUUGUUUCAUAGAUUGCCCUUUUUUGCGGAGAACAUUGUUUAAUUCAUUUAAGUAUUUUAAAUCUCACUUUUUCGACGCCUUUUAUUUUGAAUUUGUUUUUUUUUUCAAUGUUCUGGAGAAAAUGGUUCAAAACAUUUUGUGUUUAAUCGAUUUACACUGAACUGUUUUAUUUAGUUUUUGGAUGCAAUGAAUGUUUCAAAUAUUGAUUGGAACAAAAUAAAAUGAGCUGUACCCAGCUGAUCCGUAGAUUGAACAAUGACAAGCGACUAGAAAUGACCGCUCGCUGCAUUUGAAAGUACAGAAAUUCAAGCACCCCAAAACAGUAAGAGAGAAGAAAAUCUGAGGAAAGACAAAUGGACAAAAAAUUUGUGAUUUUACUACGUAAGAGUAAGAAUAAAUAAAUAAACCACAAAACAGCAAAAAUCAAAA